CCCUUCGCUUCUAGAGCACUUGAGCUUUGAGACUUGUGAUGAAGAAGUUUUGAUUCUUGUACUCUGUGCUUGUCCAUCCGGCAAAAUUAAAAUGCCUACAUUUACAAUUAAUACCAAUGUCCCUUCGGAAAAAGUACCAAGUGGAUUUUUAAAAAGCACUGCAGAAUUGGUUGCAGAUGUUCUCAAGAAGCCUAUUUCGUAUGUAGUUGUUCACAUACAUCCAGAUCAGAUGAUGUCUUGGGGUGGAACAUCUGAACCAUGUGCUUUUGCAACUUUAGGAAGUAUUGGCAGCUUGGGAAAAAAACAGAAUGUUGCCAUAUCUGAAAGGUUAUUCCCUCAUAUCAAAGAAAAUCUUGGGAUUAAUCCUGACAGGAUGUACAUCAAUUUUGUGGAUUAUGAACGAGCUAAUGUUGGUUAUUCUGGAACCACUUUUGCUGAACUGUAAUUUCAAGAGAGAGAGAGAAAAUUGAUUGUUAUUUGAUUUCAUUCCUUAAUAAAGAAGAUUAUUGAACUGUAAUAAUAUAAUAAGUUUUUUUGCAUUCCAGUCAACAUUUUUCUAGUUAAUUCAAAAGAAAAAUGACCAAUACAAGAGAGACAUUUAAUGUUUUCAUUCAAUUAAAAUCUAGAAGUGCAUUUAAAAUAUUGUGAUUAAGAAAUGUAAAGCUGUAGAUGCAGUUUUGACAUAUUUAUAAUGCAUCAAUUGUGAAAUAAAAUGUAAUUUGAAAAUAA